CCAUAAAAACAUCCUGCCUCGACCCGACAGUUACUGACGGUGGAUCCAGUCGAGGAGGCGUGCUAGCUGCUGCGCUGCGGGGGCCGUUUACCUGGAGAAGAACCGAACCGAACCACACGAACCCAAUCGGACAACAUGGCCGAAGGCGACAACAAAAGCGCGAACAUGCUCGCUCAGGAAACGGCCCAGCUGGAGGAGCAGCUGCAGGGCUGGGGCGAGGUGAUCCUGGCCGGGGACCGCGUGCUCCGCUGGGAGAAGCCCUGGUUCCCCGGAGCCCUGAUCGGUGCUUCCACCGUGCUCUUCACGCUGAUUUACUACCUGGACCCGUCGGUGCUGACCGGGCUCUCCUGCGCCAUCAUGCUGCUCUGCCUCGCCGACUACCUGGUGCCCACCCUCGCCCCCCGAGUCUUCGGCGCCAAUAAGUGGACCAGCCAGCAGCAGCAGCGCUUCCAUGAGAUCUGUGGGAACCUGGUGAAGACGCAGCGCCGCGCGGCGGGCUGGUGGAUGCGUCUCUGCGCCCUGAAGGAGGAGAAGCCCAAAAUGUACUUUGCCUCCGUCAUCAGCAGCUUGCUGGCGGUGGCCUGGAUCGGACAGCAGGUGCACAACCUGUUCCUCACCUACCUGAUCGUGAGCUUUCUGCUGCUGCUGCCCGGCCUCAACCAGCACGGCGUCAUCACCAAGUACGCCUCCAUGGCCAAGAGGGAGAUCAACAAGCUGCUCAAACAGAAGGAGAAGAAGAACGAGUAGCGGAGGGGCGGAGCGCCACGGGAAGUUGAAGGAAGUCGUUUGAGAAGGAGAGCUGGAGGAGAGCCUCCUGCGCCUCGCCCUCCGCCCAGAGCGAGACGCGCCUCCUCCUUUCAUCACGUUAAUAAGUUUCAGUUCUCUCGCCACCGACAUUUGAAACGGCCGCCGCCCGCUUCGUUUUCUCUAGUGUCGCUGCCAUGCAUGAUCACAGCACUGAGCCACACACACGCACCCUCCGGUUUCCUCUCCCUUCCUUUGGGACGUCAUGUUUUAAGCUCCUCCCCCUCCACUCAGCGACUCAGCAGCUGAUUGCGCUGCGUCAUCGUUUUAACCUCGUGGAUUCCUCUCAGUAUUUCUGUUUUAUUAUUUGCGUCGGUCGCGUUCGGACCAGCCGGUCGUGUCACUGUUCCAGUUCUUGCUUCUUCUGCUUUGGUUGUAUUUAAAAUGAUAACGCUGAAACAAAACUGGAUUAUGGUUGAGCUCUCGAUGUGCUGCUAGCUGGACCCCCCCAGACCCCCCAGACCCCCUAACUGGUGUGGGGUGUCUCUGUAAAUAGAACCACAUGUAUUUCCUUCACUCGCUCCUCUUAUUUAUGUCUUCUUUCCUCCGUCUUUCUGGUUUGUCUUUCAACUCAUUUCAUUUUUUUUGUCGUUAUUGGAUUUCUGUACGAAAAUGAAUAAAAUUUGAUUUAAAUUAA